AUGCACAAUUCCCUCUGGGACACCAGCAACGUCUCCUACACAGCAUGUGCUGCACAGGUUUUUCUGAUUAUCUUCUUCCCUGGAGCAGAGUUUUCCCUCCUGACCACCAUGUGCUACGACCGUUACGUGUCCAUCUGCAAACCCCUGCACUACGGGACCAUCUUCAGGGUAGUGCUUAGGAUCCCCUCUGAGCAGGGACGGCACAAAGCCUUUUCCACCUGCAUCCCUCACCUGGCUGUGGUCUCCCUAUUUGUCAGCACCUCAUUUUUUGCCUACAUGAAGCCCCCCUCCAUUUCGUCCUUAUCCCUGGAUUUGACAGUGUCAGUUCUGUACUCAGUUGUGACUCCAGCUCUGAACCCCCUCAUCUACAGCCUGAGGAACCAGGAGCUAAAGGCUGCAAUGUGGAGACUGAUGAUUGGAUGGUUUCAGAGACAUUAA